AGUAAAGACUGCCCAUGUAACCCGGAUUUGUGUUGGCAACAAGUCUUGCAGUCUUGAUCGAUUGAUGCCAGCACUCUGAGUCUGGCCUUGUCCUAUGCCUGUGUACGUGUGUCGUCCAGGCUGUCACUCUCGUCUUUCAUUCGUCUUUUCCAUAAAAGUUACUUAUUGUUUGAGCAGUUUCUAGUCAGCAGUUUGACCCAGGUGGUUGGUGGGACAUCAGACUAGCCUGCACGUGCACAGCGAUGCUUGUGGACGCCGGUGUUGCAGUUCGAGCGUCCAAGAACAAUUGUUAUUGUUUCCAACACUCCAAUUUGCAGCUAGCAGUGUUCGAGUCCAGUACACUGAGUGUGUGGUGCUGCGCAGUCGGUGAUCAGGUGAUGUUCGCUGUGCUAGGGGGGCCAAAGAAGAUUCAUACUAGUCGUAGUACUGUAGUCUGUAGUCAUAGCUCUGCUUGAAGUAGCUCGUUAGUACCGUAGUUGAGAUCAUGGCUGAUGACUCGACAGUCCAAUGCGUCGCUUCUUGUAACGUGCUCUCCCGGAGUGGUAGCGGCGGAAAGCAUUCAUACUCGGCCGCUGAGCUAUAUUCAUUUGUGGAACAUGUGAAUCGCUUGCUGUCUUCAACGGAUGUUCCGAAUGUUCCCAUUGCUGAAGCGAAGGAUCUGUUUGACAUACAGCAGGACGGUGCAUUGUUCUGUUAUCUUCUCAAUCAUGUCAAGACCAAUGCGGUGAAUUUAUCGCAGUUGAAACGACCGGCAACUUCAAAGCUAGCUGCUAUCGGUAACCAAAACCUUGUCAUCAACGGAGCGAGAACGAUAGGCUGCAAGAUCGAGAACAUUAGUGCGGAGGAUUUGUAUGACAAGAGAGAAUACCUUGUACUGGCUGUGCUUUGGCAGAUUGUGAAAGCCAGUCUUUUCCAGCGAGUAACAGUCAAACACCACCCGGAGCUGAUUCGACUGGCGGCACCCAAUGAGGAUCUGUCCGAGUUUCUCCGGCUACCAGCUGAGGGUAUAUUGUUACGCUGGAUCAACUAUCACUUACGUAAUGCUGGAUUAGUAAGGGAAGCACAGAACUUCUCAAGUGAUGUAGCAGAUGGCCACGUGUACAUUCACCUUCUGAAUCAACUUCUGGGACAGCAAUGUCCAUUGACAUUGCUAGAAGACUUGGAUGCCCUUCCCCGUGCACACAACAUUGUGCGAAUAGCAACAGCUCAGUUGAAUUGCAAAGGUCUUCUUUCACCACAGGACAUUGUACAGGGAGUGAAAACAGUCAAUAUGGCAUUUGUAGCAUUUGUGUUCAACACGCGGCCGGGUCUCCAGCUGCCCAGUGACUCUGCUAUGAGACGUCUGAGCAUGGAUAGGGACCAGCUUGAACAGAGAGUGCACAUGUUGGAUAGCCAGCUGCAGUCGGAGAGAAUGAAUAGUUCAGUGGUGGAAGAACUAAGGACUGAGUUACAGAUGAGCCGUUCCACCUGCUUACAGCAGACUAAUAAUCUUGAUGUAUUACGCAGAGAGUGUGCAGAUCUGAGACAGGCAUUGUUAACUUGCAAGACAGAAGCAAUGAGAGUAACUACGGAGCACUUACCGGCAGUACAGCGUCAAUUGUUGGGGACAGAGGAGCGCCAUAGAAGGACAGAAACACAGCUACAUGAGGCAGAGGCUGCUAUCAAACAAAUGCUUGAAGAUAACAAGGUAGUCCAGUCGCAAUUCGCACUCGUUGUUCAAGAAAGAAAUCGUUUGCGACAAGGCGGUGACAACAGCCAACGUGCUCUCCAAGAGAAAAUUGACUCUUUGCAGACGCAAUUGGAUGUGGCUGUCAAGGAGAAAGAAAAACUACAAACAGCAAUGGAAAAGACCGAAGAGAUGGUGCAACACACGCAGGCGGUGUAUGAGCUUCAAGCAGUUCAUGUGUCACACUUGAAGAUCCUGUUUGCAUGCCACCAGAAUGCCAAGUCGUUGGCAGCUGCCAUUUACAAGGAUCUGAGUAGUGAUUCACUGUCCAAGCAACCUGGAACUCGAUCAAAGUCAGGAUUGUUGAACCGAGUGUAUAAUGAUAAGCGUGGUGGUGAAGAGGUCAAGGUCUUUUAUUGCUUCCUCAAGGAGUGUUUCCUUUUCCUGUACAAGCCAAACAAGCGAUCUGAUCCAAGUGAAGUUUUACGUGUUGAUGACACUUUGCUGGAUACCACCACUAUCCCGGGACAGUACUUCCUGAUGAUCUCAUCAUUGAAUGAUGCUACACCGACGCCACUGACGUUCAGAUUUGACUCAGGAGAUGAGCUACGAACGUGGCAUUUAGCACUGGGCACGGCCUCAGAGUACUGGACUGGUGUAAAGACGUUGCGACAGCGUCGCUGUCAAUAAUUCCUUCAGUGCUCACUGCAGCGACUACCACAGUCGCCAUGGCAAGCGUGUCUGAGCUGUUGAAUGUUGCUGUCGAAUGUUGCUAUUGGAUCUAUGCACCAUGUUGUUCUGUUCAUUGCCUGGAAGACUAGGCCGAGUGCGCUCGGCAAGAUUACAGUGCACGCAUACACUUCACACAAGAUUACAGUGCACGCAUACACUUCACCCUCGUUGUGUACAUUGUUUUAGACAUACACGCACUGUCCUGUACACCUCACAUUGUUGUGGGUCUACUGUGAACCUGUUGAACUGAUCCGGUUGGCAAUUGUACAGUAACCAUGGCACCCACAUUCCUUGUUAUUAUGUUCUAUUGGCACAUUUUCAAUUAAAAUUGGUUUUGUUAACAUUGACAACAUUGCGUAGGAAGCCCGAUUUAACACCCAGUUUUAGAAAUAUAUCUUUGAGAAUGCGAUAUGAAGCCGGAUUAAAACCUAGGUAGUAGCUUUGUAGAGCAAUUUCUGUCUUGAUCUUUUUAAUUCAUUUCUUUCUAGUGAUGAUCCAUGUGCAGAAGAAUCAGUUCUAUUAUAAUUUUAUUAUCGCGACAGUGUAAGCGUAUUUCCGGUUUGAGAACUUGUACCAGACCUCCAUUUUACAGUGUACUUUAGUCUUGAAAUAAUAUUAUUGUAGUCAGCCUCCAUCUUUGGUGUGUAGUGGAGCCAUGUUGUAUCUUCCUUUACCAUGCAAUGUUCUUUGAGAAGUAACAAAAAAGGAGAAAAAAAAGAUAAAAAGGUC